AUGGUCGUCCAGCUGCUCUACGGAAUUGCGACAGCCGUCGGCCUAUCUGCGGCGGUUAUGAGCAAAUGGCCUCCAAGCGCUCGAUUUCCCUUCGGAUACGGCAAAGUGGAUACUCUUGCUGGCUUCGCUAAUGGCGUCUCCUUACUGAUCAUCAGCCUUGAAAUCAUAUUCGAAGCCCUUGAACGAUUGCUUUCUGGCAGCAAACUCAACCGGCUUGGGGAACUUUUCAUUGUUUCUACACUGGGCUUGGUUGUGAACAUGGUUGGCAUCUUUGCGUUUGACCAUGCACAUCAUCAUGGACACGGUCAUUCGCAUUCACACGGCGAUGGCCACCACCACCAUAAUGAGAAUAUGCACGGGAUAUAUCUCCAUAUCCUCGCUGAUGCUCUCGGUUCCGUUGCCGUCGUUGCAUCUACGGUCCUCGUGCACUUUUUUGGCUGGCCGGGCUUCGACCCUAUCGCCUCCUGUAUAAUUGCCGUGCUCAUCUUUGUAUCCGCAAUUCCGCUUGUCAAGAGUACGGCCAAAACCCUUCUCCUAGCUGUGCCAGCGGACGUUGAGUACAAUCUUCGGGAUACUCUCGCCGGUAUCAGUACCUUGCAAGGCGUGGUAGGGUACACGGUUCCAAAAUUUUGGCUGGACGACACGAACCACGAUAGUAAGCACAGCCAUGGCGCUGGCCAUCACCAUCACCAUCACAGUCACAGUCACCAUCCAUGCGACGACAGCUCAACGCACAAGCAUGAUUCCCUUGCGCACCAUCAUGCCCAGGCCGAUACUCCCGACGAAACGCACACACACCAUGUGCUGGGUGUCAUCCACGUGAUUGCUUCUCGCAGCGCGGCUCUGGCCGACGUCCAGCGUCGGACCGUGGAUUAUCUGCGUGAACGCAACAUGGACAUUCUAGUACAGGUCGAACGGGAAGUCACCUUCAAUGAUUCAGUCAUGUACUAG